AUGGCUCGCAGAGGUUUCAAACAACGGUUGAAAGUGACCCGAGAAUCAAUCGAGAGGUUCUGCCAUGACCUCAAAAUAGUUAAAAUGUUGAGUAGUCCCGAUCGACCUGGUUCAUCUGGUGCUGAGACCAUGUCAUUACUUAGCGAAGAUGAUGGUACAUCGCCAUGUUUCAAACCGAAGCCAUACAUGGAACGGUUAGAUUUGUCUCAUGUAGGCCCAUCGGAUGUUUUUAAGGAUGACGGAGUGCAACCAGUUAUCACUACGCCACGGAAAAACUUGAAUUUUGAUUUGCCGAGGUCGCCGCGAAUCGAAACGACAUCCGCUGACCGGAACGUGGAACUUAGAAGGUAG